UAUCAUGGUUACCACCAAAAUGACUGCUGCCUUUAGAAACCCUAGUGGAAAACAGGUGGCGACAGACAAGGUUGCAGAAAAGCUGAGCUCUACUCUCUCAUGGGUGAAGAACACAGUAUCGCAUACAGUCAGUCAGAUGGCCAGUCAGGUGGCAAGUCCAUCUGCUUCAUUACAUACCACAUCCUCAUCUACCACAUUAUCAACACCAGCCCUUUCGCCAUCUUCCCCAUCACAGUUGAGUCCAGACGACUUAGAACUCCUGGCUAAACUGGAAGAACAGAAUAGAUUGUUAGAAACGGAUAGUAAAUCUUUAAGAUCUGUAAAUGGGUCAAGAAGAAACAGUGGCUCUUCUCUUGUGUCGAGUUCAUCAGCCUCUAGCAACCUCAGUCACCUUGAAGAAGAUUCUUGGAUUCUUUGGGGAAGAAUUGUUAAUGAAUGGGAAGAUGUACGCAAAAAAAAGGAAAAACAAGUUAAGGAACUUGUCCGUAAAGGGAUACCUCAUCACUUUAGAGCAAUAGUUUGGCAACUUUUAUGCAGUGCACAAAGUAUGCCGAUUAAGGAUCAGUAUUCAGAACUACUGAAAAUGACCUCACCUUGUGAAAAAUUGAUCCGAAGGGACAUUGCUAGAACUUAUCCUGAGCACAAUUUUUUUAAGGAAAAAGAUAGCCUUGGACAGGAGGUUUUAUUUAAUGUAAUGAAGGCUUAUUCUUUAGUGGAUCGUGAGGUUGGUUACUGUCAAGGAAGUGCUUUUAUAGUUGGAUUGUUGCUUAUGCAGAUGCCAGAAGAAGAAGCUUUCUGUGUAUUUGUUAAAUUAAUGCAAGACUAUAGACUUCGUGAACUUUUUAAACCAAGUAUGGCAGAAUUGGGCCUUUGUAUGUACCAGUUUGAAUGUAUGAUACAGGAGCAUCUUCCAGAGCUCUUUGUACAUUUUCAAUCUCAGAGUUUUCAUACCUCAAUGUAUGCAUCAUCCUGGUUUCUGACUAUCUUUCUUACAACUUUUCCACUACCAAUUGCAACAAGAAUAUUUGAUAUCUUUAUGUCUGAGGGUUUAGAAAUAGUGUUUCGGGUAGGAUUAGCACUUCUUCAAAUGAAUCAGGCAGAACUGAUGCAACUUGACAUGGAAGGGAUGUUACAGCACUUUCAAAAGGUCAUUCCACAUCAGUUUGAUGGAGUCCCAGACAAGUUAAUCCAAGCAGCUUACCAAGUCAAAUACAACUCAAAAAAAAUGAAAAAGCUUGAAAAGGAAUACACUACAAUAAAAACAAAAGAAAUGGAAGAGCAAGUUGAAAUUAAAAGGUUACGCACAGAAAAUAGACUUUUAAAACAGCGCAUCGAGACAUUAGAAAAACAUAAAUGCAGUUCCAACUACAAUGAAGAUUUUGUGCUACAGCUAGAGAAGGAAUUAGUUCAAGCCCGACUGAGUGAAGCUGAGUCUCAGUGUGCACUAAAAGAGAUGCAGGAUAAAGUCUUGGAUAUAGAGAAGAGAAAUAACUCCCUUCCUGAUGAGAAUAAUAUUGCAAGGCUUCAGGAAGAGCUAAUUGCUGUGAAACUGAGAGAAGCAGAAGCCAUUAUGGGUUUGAAAGAACUUAGACAGCAAGUCAAAGAUUUAGAGGAACACUGGCAGCGCCACUUAGCUCGUACUACUGGGAGAUGGAAAGACCCACCUAAGAAAAAUGCUAUGAAUGAGUUACAAGAUGAACUGAUGACCAUUCGACUUAGAGAAGCUGAAACACAGGCAGAAAUAAGAGAAAUAAAACAAAGGAUGAUGGAAAUGGAAACACAGAACCAGAUCAAUAGUAACCAUCUUCGAAGAGCAGAACAAGAGGUGGUUAGCCUACAGGAGAAAGUGCAGUAUCUUUCCGCACAGAACAAAGGACUCCUUACUCAAUUAAGUGAAGCAAAGCGCAAACAAGCAGAGAUCGAAUGCAAGAACAAGGAAGAAGUGAUGGCUGUGAGGCUUCGGGAAGCAGAUAGCAUAGCUGCCGUGGCUGAACUACAACAACACAUUGCUGAGCUGGAAAUCCAGAAAGAAGAAGGAAAGUUUCAAGGACAGCUUAACAAGUCUGAUUCUAACCAGUAUAUUAGGGAACUGAAAGAUCAGAUAGCAGAGCUGAAUCAUGAGCUCAGGUGCCUAAAAGGCCAGAGGGGUUUCUCAGGCCAACCUCCUUUUGAUGGAAUCCACAUUGUCAACCAUUUAAUAGGAGAUGAUGAAUCAUUCCAUUCCUCUGAUGAAGAUUUUAUAGAUAAUCCCUUACGGGAAACUGGUGUUGGUUUUCCUUUGCAUGGAAAAUCUGACUCGAUGUCUUUGGACCCUGCAGUGGCAGAUGGUAGUGCGAGCGAAACAGACGACAGUGUGCUGGAAACCAGAGAGAGCAAUCGAGUGGUUCAAAAGGAGUACCCCCCGAGAAGAAAAGAGUCGUAUUCAACCACUGUCUGACCAUCACUGUGACCUAGACUAUGGAUUUCUUUAAGGGAUCAGUUAUCAUGUGAUUAGGGAUUUUUGGAACUGUUUCAUAUGUACAGAUAUAUAUACAUAUAUAUUAUAUUUUACAGUCUUAUCUGCCUUUUUAUCUUUGCCAAAUCUUUACCACUGAUUUACUAUUGCCAUAAAGUAGACUGGUAUAUGGUUAAUGUGUAAAACAACAUUCUAACAGUAUUACUGAAUAUUAAUGUUUCUUGUUUAGAAAAUGCAACUAUAUAUGUGGGAACCAUUUUGAAGUUCAAAACUAUGGAAAAUUGAAUUUUCUUCAGACAAAACUGCUCUUGUGCAAUAUUUUAUGCUCAGUGAGCAAAUUGUAUAUUUAUGUUUAUCAAUUUGUUCUCAAGGUGGCUGUCUAUAGACAUUUGACCAAGACAUACAUCUGUUCUACCUUGUGUUUUGUUUUCUGUUGUUGUUGUUGUUUUCUAAAAUAGAGAUUCACUCUGUCACCCCAGCUGAAGUGCUGUGGUGUGAUCUCAGCCCACUGUAACCUCCACCUCCCAGGUUGAAGCAAUUCUCCUGCCUCAGCCUCCUGAGUAGCUGGGAGUACAGGUGCACACCACCAUGCCCAGCUAAUUUUUUGUAUUUUUAACAGAGACAGGGUUUUGCCAUGUUGGCCGGGCUGGUCUCGAACUCCUGACUUCAUGUGAUCCACCCACCUCAGCCUCCCAAAGUACAGGGAUUACAGGUGAGCCACCACACCCAGCCUACCUUUUUUGUGUCUGGGAGGUUUUGUUUUUGUUUUUGUUUCUUUCUUCCAUGGAAAUUACUGGUGGGCCACUGAACACAACCACACACAAAGCCUUUAUUCUGUCUAAUUUCAUAAACACAAAUUUGUGGUUAUCUGUUUUGAGAGUUUUAAGUUUGGUUUUAAUGUUUAACUUUUAUGUGCAUAUGAUGCUUCCAUGUGUUGGUUACCAGAGUAGUAGCUUAACUACAGACAUAAUGUUUAUUUGUACGUAUUUAUAAAUCUGUACCACCUAACAUUGAACAUCAUUUUAUAGGAAGAACAUAUAUGUUGCAAAAUGACUCUUUUGGCAUCUAACAGGACUUCUAUAAAUCAUAGGUUAAAAGAAAAUUGAAAAAUAAAACACUAAUAUUUUAAGAGCUUUAGUAUUUUGCUUAGCAUUCAACACUAGCAGAUUCAUAACUGAUGCCUGUUCAAAAACACUAUUGGUGAAAUCUUGUACUUCAUGUGUAUGUAACUAAAUUUUUCAUGAUUGAAGUUAUAGCACAUAUUAGUGCUAAUAUUUUAAUGUAAUUUAAGCAAUGGGCUAAGGUCCAAGAAACAUAGCAGUUAAUAUCUACAAAUAAUCUAUGAACAUGAUUUUCAGAUUAUCUAGUUUUUGUUCUAUAGAUAAAGCCAUAAGAAUCCUUUCCUACCAGUUUUUUCUUUAUCAUUUAGAUAUUGUUUCCUAGAAAACAGGAUGCCUGUCAUUGAUAAAUUAGAGAAAGCACCCAAAUUACACUUGUACUACGGAAAGACGACAUGAAAAUGUUGACUGGAUACGUUCUACUCUCAUUUUUGUUAGCCUGUGGAAAAAAACACUUUGUUAACCUAUAGAAAAAAGCAGCCUUGGAAGAGAAAAGUAGAAUUCAGUAUGUAUGGAGGCACAGUUUUGCACAGUAUGUUGCAUGCCAAAAAAAAACCUUAUGAAAUAGAGUAGAAGAGACAAACGUAGUUUUCUGUCAGAAACUAGGAGUUAAGACUUCAGGUACAUUGUGCACUAGGCUUUCCAGCAAAGUUUUUGUAGCAGUUUGCUUGCCUGAGAAAUGAAAUUGUAAACAUGCCCCCGUGUCUGUCCUUAACACCAGGCUAAAUCCUGGUGGUUAAUUAAUUACCUGUGGUUACAAGCUAGUAAGUAGCAGAGCCAAGAUUUUUUUUUUAGGGGUCUCACUGUGUUGUCCAGGCUGGUCUUGAACUUCUGGCCUCAAGCAGUCCUCUUGCCUCAGUCUCCCAAAGUGUGGGGAUUACAGGUGUGAGUUACUGUGCCUAGCGAGGGCCAAGAUUUUAACCUUGAUUUCCCUGACACCAAAGUUUUUGAAAAGGUUCAGCUGAAGAAUUUCUCAAUUCCCUGUUUUGUUUUUGUUUUUGUUCUGUUUUGUUUUGAGACGAAGUCUCACUCUGUUGCCCAGGCUGGAGUGCAGUGGCACAGUCUUGGCUUACUGCAACCUCCGCCUCCCAAGUUCAAGCGAUUCUCCUGCUUCAGCCUCCCAAGUAGCUGAGACUACUGGUGCACACCACCACAGCUAGCUGAUUUUUGUAUUUUUAGUAGAGAUGGAGUUUCACUAUGUUGGACAGGCUGGUCUCAAACUUCUGACCUCAGGUGAUCCACCCACCUUGGCCUCCCAAAUUGCUGCAAUUACAGGCAUGAGACACCAUGCCUGGCAAUUCCCUGCUUUUUUGACAAAGUAAUUUAAAUAGAUAUGAUUUAAAUGUUUCCUGAAUAUAUAUACAGAUAAAUAUAUGAGUAUCAAUACAUAUAAGCUCUACACAACUUAGGAGUGUAGAUACUUACUUGCAGGAUUGUUUCGUGCUUUGGUGAUUGUCUUUCGUAGUUCUGUCAGUCUGAAAGGAUAUCAAUGCCAAAGCGAAGUGAGAUGAUAUGUGGCCACAUUAUUGCCUUGACCCUCACAUCAAGAAAUCUGAAUGAUCUAGACCAGGGGUUAGCAAACUGCAGCCUACAAGCUAUUCCAGUCAGCUGCCAGUUUUUACUUUUUUAAAUAGUUGGGGGAAAAAUUCCAAAAGCUAGUAUUUUGUGUCACAUGAAAAUUAUAUGAAAUUUGAAUUGCAGUGUCCAUAAGUAAAGUUUUACUGGGGCACACCCAUGCUCACCUGUUUACAUAUUGUGUAUGGCUGCUUUGUGCUACAGUAGCAGAGUUGAGUCAUUGCAAGGGACACCAUAUGGCCCAGGUAGCCUAAAAUAUUUACUAUCUGAUCCUUUACAGAAAAAGUUUGCUAACCUUUGAUACAGAUACUCUGAAAUGCAGGUUUACUUCUUCAGUUUGACUCAUUGGUAGGUCAGACUGUUUGCUUUUGCUUUUAAGCUUAUGAUUUGGAAACGUAAAACUUUGUGAUGGAUCUUAUACUGAGAACUAUUCAAAAGGGAAAACGUGCCAGGCAUUUUAUAUGAUGAAGUCUUUUAUUCCAUAGAAAAUUAUAGGAAGAUAUCUGUGUCUUUGGAGAAGGAGAAAGGAAAAAAUUCCAGAAUCCUAUCACUGUUCUUUAAAGCAUUCAUCACGGACCUUUAGGGUAUGCUUUAUUGAGUAAAGGUUAUAACUUGACUUUAAAAUUAGGAAUUUUCUAGAAUCAUGUAAUUCUAAACUAUGUACCAUUUCUGAUUAGGAAUUAGGUGUUAAAGGAAUCAUGGUAAGGAAAGCUUAAUCUGUUGAAACUCUUGUAAUUUGGACAACAAAAAAACUAGAAAUAACACUCUUUUCAUUGAAGACCUGAUUCAAAUACACCUUUGAAGAGCUUAAAAUCUUCCAGGCCUUUAGGAUACAAUAGGAUAUUAUGCCCUGGUUUGACUUCAUUUCAUUCAAAUUAAUGUAAGUAUGUUGUUCAAGACUUUGAGGCAUGAACAGUGUUUUCUUGAUAAAUUUUAUUUAAUCCCUGACAUUUUGUGUUAUUUAAAUGUUAUUAAGUUAAACACUUAGAGCUGAGUAAUAUUCAGGGGGGAAAAGUGAAUGAAAUGACUCAUAAUAAGAAAGCUUGCUCCCUUGGGAUAAUUACCUUCCUGGUGUCAUUGCCAUCCUGGAUUGACAAGCUGGGGUAAAGGAUACAAGUUAUAUGAAUAAAAUGGAAAUUGCAUUGAAUUAAUGAAACACACUUUUAGAUCAAGAAAACACUUCAACUGCCUUUUUAAAAACUGGCACACUCUUGUAGUCCCAGCUACUCAAGAGGCUGAGGCAGGAGGAUCAUGAGAGUACAGGAGUUUGGGGCUAUAGUGUGUAAUUAUCACACCUGUGAAUGAAUAACCACUGCACUCCGAUCUGAGCAACAUGGCAAGACCCUCUUUAAAAAAAGAAAAAAAGAAAAAAACUUUUUUUUUCUUCCUGGGAAAAGAAGUCAAAGAUGUAACUUUACACAAUUUCUAUGCCCACCGUCUUUUUUUGUUCUUUUGUUUUUGGCUAGAUACUAGGUACCCAGUGUUUGCUGAGAUGUCAAGUUUCAACUAAUCGGCCAGUUAUUUGGGAAGGAGAAGAACUUUUUCUCAGCUCUGAACGUGAUGCAGCUUGUUAACUCUCCAGAUAGUGCCUUUGAUUGAAAAUAAGGUCUACACCUUUUUAAGUAUAUUAUUUCUGAUAUCAUAAGAAAUAAUUUGGUUCCUUAUUCACAUUUAUCUUUUAUAUAAUGCACUGUAAUAUUCAGGUUUAAACUAAAAUAAGUAUAUGAAUUAUAUUUUGAUAAAGCUGUUUCGUGACCAGCUUGAUUAAAGUAUAUUAACAUACCAGACAUUGACAGUGAACAUUUCAUGCAAUCAGUUAUUAUUAAAACAAUGAGUUUUAGCUUGAAAGUUAUUGCUGCUCUAUAAUUAACAAAACUAAGUUUUAAAAAUUUAAUUCUACUGAAAUUUAAUUUCUGGUUAAAGGCAUAGUGGAUGCUAUUUGUGCUCCAAGUUUUUAUAUCACAUUCACUGAUCUGCCUAUCCCUUCUUUUCACUCCAAAGAGGAGAUGACAGAAUAAUACAUUCAAUAUAUUGCCAGGAAGCAAAAUUAUGACGUGUUUUAUUUUACUGUUGGGAUUUUUUAUUGUAUGAUAACCUGAAAUGUUUACUUGUGCCUUUGCUUUAAAUAAUUAAAGUUUUCCAUUUUAUAAGAA